AUGGAGCAGGAAGAUUUGGAAGAAAUGAAACUUAUUAGAGGUAAGGUUUCCAUCAGCCCCAGUCAUGGAAUGCACCCUGAUCAGUAUUACAGUGCGUCUACUGUAAGUGGGGCCACUUAGAGAACACUAACCAAUCGCAUUGCAGAACAGAAAGAAAAAUCUAAUCAAACUAAAGCUCGUCCAAUCAAAAGAAAGAUUCAGGAAGCCAUAAACUGCAGUGUUUACUUUUACAUGUCUAUUUUUACCGUUUGACAUUCGUUUAUUUGUUCGAAUUGUUUUUGCCCUAAUGCUGAUUGGCUAAUGCGCCGUUUCUUGAUUUUUUCACUUUCUGUUCUGCAAUGUGAUUGGUUAGUGUUCUCUAAGUGGCCCCACUUACUGUAGACGCACUGUAAUAGACCUAUAUAUUUUGGCAUUCAACAAUAGAGGCCCUUGAAGCGGGCAGUUGAAGGGGUUAUGACCGACAGGUGACAUUCCUUAAAAAGAGGCGGAAGACUAGGCGGUCCAGCUUCUGACUCGGAAAAAGCAGCAAAUUGCGAUAUGUGUUAUGAUGGGUCAAAAGUCUGCCUCGUCCCCAGUCGCUUGCUAUCAAAUAAUUAAUUAGUAAAAGACGAAAAUUUUCCCAGCAUGCAUCACAACAGAUUUGUUCAGCCACUGAUCUAUAUAUUAAACUGAUAUGUCUAUAUAUACACUGAUCUACAAACAGUAAGGGCCUGCGGAGGAGGCAGGGUCAAAAGUGACAUGACGUCAUGACGUGUAUUACAAUAUUAAUAAUUGCGACAAAGCAGCUACAAAAUGAAUGACAAUUAAGUGACCUUCGUUACACCCUAUGUUACUGUCCAGCUGCUAAAUACAGCAGCAUCAUAAAGUUUGUGUUUUGGCAGGAAAUAACCCCGACCAUUAAUAUUAAUUUUCCCACCAAAACAUGCAUUGGUGUACGUCUGCGAAACUGGGGUCUAGCCAACAUAAGUAACUGCAUUACAUUUUAAUGUAGAAGCAAAGCAGAAAGAUAUGCCUACAAACCCAACCACACAAAACAAUCCAUCACCUAGCUCUUCAAAAGGUAUGUUGCUGUAGGAAACUGGAAGGUGCAUCAUUAGAGUUAAUUAUGUAGUGUGUGCCUCUGCACUCUACUGACUCCAAAAAAAUUAGGAAUCUACAGGUAUACCCCUGUCGACCCCUCACCACUGCUUCACAAAGGUAAUGGUGCAGUAAAAGAGUGUAACAUGACUCUGAGGGUAUGAAAAGUCUGAGGAUAUGAAAAGUCUGAGCUAAACAUGUUGCUGUAAAUAUUUUUCCUAGAACAAGAAGGCAGUCAAGAGGGAGUGUCAUCAUUAAUGGGCUUUUCUGGAUUUGGUAGGUUUUCGUAUAAUUACAAUUUGGGCUCUAGUAAAUGUAUGAAAUGUUUGCAAAUGAGAGACAGGGAGGCCAAUUAAUUUACUAAGCAGUGGCGGCCAGGCAUGUGUCGGGAUGGUUUCUGCCUUUAGCAUUUGGGUAGAAAUCAGGGUCUUAAAUAGGCCUUAAACUCAUAUAAAGUGGGUUUUUGAAGUGUCAUUUUCACCAGCUCUCACAAACAGAAAAAAGUGGCAAUGAAAGUAUUUUAUAGUUUACCCUUUCUUAAAUACUGUGGUAAAAUAGGGAGGAAAGCUCGACAGUUUGAUAUUAAUGAAAUGAUGGCGAUAGCCAAGAGAAGAGCAGCUGAUGCAGCAGAGGAAAAGUCUAAAGCCAAAGGUGAGCUUUUAUGCAAGUGUGUUUUGGUUCUUGAAAUAUGCUGGAGAGUGCUUAAUACCUUGACAAGAAAGCAAAUAGUAUACGGUAGGCUUGUUUGAAAUAAAUAAAUAAUAAAUAAUGAAUAUAUUUGCAAGGUGAUGAUGAUGAUUUAAGUGAUGAUGAGGCACCAUUUGUCAUUAUGCCACCAGGAAAAGAACCAUCUGAAAAUGAUAUGGUAUGAUUGCUUCCUAAUGUAUUAUUUAUAUAUACAGAUUUCUAUAACAAUAUGUAUCCAGUCAGAUGUUCUCUGGCCUGGCCAGCUAGGGGGUGCGCUACCACUCAAUGGGUUAAAACCAGAGAAUGUCUACAAACUUAUUAAUUGCUCAAGCUAGGUAGCUAAUGUACUUGACUUGCUCAAUGUAGCUAAUGUACAGCUAUAAGACUGCAAUGAAUUUUGAACUAAUUGUUUUAUCAGAGUACUAGAGAAGGCAGAAAAGAGAAUAAAGAUAGUGAUGAUGAUGACGACAGUGAUAGUGAAGUAUGAAUUGAAACCAUAUUGUUUGCCUUUAAGAUGUUGAAAUAAAUUAACAUGAGGCAUUGAUGUUCAUUGUGUUUUAUUUCUGUUUACAAUCCUCUUUUAAACCCCAAUAUAGAGCAUGGAGUCAUCCAUACCUUGCAGUCACGAAAUCACAUUGGAACAUGGGGCAAAGACUGUAAGUUUCUUUGUGCUGCUGUGCAUUUCAGUAAUCAACUAGAUUAAACUGUAGGCCAGGAAGAUUGUAGCAAUGUUUGCAUGGUGAGUGUUACAAUUAUGGGAAGAGCAAGUUAGAAUGUUUUCUUUGUUUCCAGGUUUCAGCUCUGUCAUUGGAUACAAGUGGCUCCCGAGUUAUAUCUGGUGGGCAUGAUUACGAUGUUAGUAUUGAGGAUCAGAAAUCUGAAAACAAAGCGAAGAAUUGUCACAUACCCUGUGUUUGGAUCAUACUUCCUUAAGUUGACCUUUUAAGCUUAAGAUUAGUUGUAAAUAGUUCAAACAUUGUGAAUCACAAAUUAAUCUUUUAGGUGCAAUUAAUGCCCCAUAAUACACACUAUUUUAUGAUUUUACUCUGCCGGACAAUUUUAUCCUGUCCAACACCAGACAAUUUUACUUGUCAAGGGAGAUUCUACUUGAGUGCUGGCACUCAAUGGGUUACAGUACCAUUCAGGGUGCGAUAAUUCGCGUACUUACGUACCGGAGAUGUCUUGGCAUGAAACAUGAUUGCACUGAUGGCACUAAGAAAAGUUGGAGUCGUUUGUUUGAAAGAGCAAAACUCCGUUUUUAAAUAGCAAAACACCCUUUUCAAAUAGCAAAACUCCCUUUUCAAAUAGCAAAACUCCCUUUCCAAAUAGCAAAACACCCUUUUCAAAUAGCAAAACUCCCAUUUCAAAUAGCAAAACUCACGCGAUGGCCAAGCCACCCCGCACGCUGCAGGCCUCAAAUACCCUUUUCAAUUAGCAAAACUCCCUUUUCAAAUGGCAAAACUCCCUUUUCAAAUAGCAAAACUCCGUUUGCUAUCUCGUAGUCUGGACAUACUUUUCAGAAACCUGUACUUUAUGAACCUUAUUUCUAAAGACUAAGUACACAUUGAGUACUGAGUUUGUUCUAGCGCAAGUACGCGGCAACAACCAUUGGCGUACCAGUCAGGUACGACUAGAAAUCUUGAAUGAUCGUACCCUGUGUACUAUAUAGUAACCAGAAAAGUUUUCCCAUAGGUAUUUCUGUUACCAAAGAUUGUCUCUUUGCAUUGCAUCUGUAGAUAAAAUUUUGGGACUUUAAUGCGAUGGGUGCAUCAUUGUCUGCAUUCAGAAAUAUCCAACCUUGUGGUUGUCAUCAAAUCCGUUCGUUGGAAUAUAGCUCGACUGGAGACACAAUUCUUGUUUGUUCUGGCAAUGCUCAGGCAAAGAUAUUGGACCGUGAUGGCUUUGAAGCUAUGGAAUGUGUCAAAGGAUAUCAGUAUUUAUUUGAUAUGGCCAAGACAAAGGUACUUUUUACUGUAUCACUUUCUUGUUCAUCCUGCCAACUGUUCCAUACUUUCAUUCUAUCACUCCAUUCAAUUAAUUCUUCAACUAUUAGUUAUGAAACCAAUCGCACAUUACUGAGACAAUUGGUCGAACAAUCAAUUAAAUAAUCAAGCAAGGCAAUCAGCAGUCAAUAAUGUAUUAUAUCUAUUGUUUUAUCCUUUCAUUCAAUCACUCCAUCUAACCAAUUAAUAGCAAUCAUUUAUACAGUUACUGUUUUAAUUAGAGACACUAAAUUCACAGACUCACAUGCAGGGUUCGUACGGGUCCUGGAAAGUCAUGGAAUUUCAAUAUUCCAAAAUCCAGGCCUGGAAAUCCUAGAAAAUCAAUUUUAGUCAUGGAAAAUUGAAAUUUUACAAAACAUUAACAAAGCAUUUUAAUUACUUAUUUCAAUUUACCAGUCAUAACAAUAAUAUGAAUUGUUGUCAUAACGGAUUUUUGCAAGAGCGAAGUGAAUUUUGUUCUUUUAUUAUAUCUGUCAUCGUUAAAAUAUUAACGAAUUUCAGAAAUUUAAGAGCCUGGUUACGAGGUUGCAGAAAUUUCAGGUCAUGGAUUUAAAAAAAAAUGGUCAUGGGAAGUCAUGGAAUUUUAAAUGGGAGACGGUGUACGAACCCUGCACAUGUUAUUAAUCCCCCAUUCCCCCUCCCCCUCCCUCAAAAUAGAAUCCUGGUAGCUUUUCACUGGUAAUAUCAUAUCCUAUAGGGUCAUGUUUCCAUGUUGAAUGGUGGUUGCUGGCAUCCAAAGGAUCGGGAUAAAUUUAUGACGUGUGGUGAUGAUGGGUAAGACAACAAAUACAUUGGAUUACCCAGGGUAUCUUCCAUCUAUAAACUUUUUACAUCUUUAUUUGCAGUACAGUGAGGCUAUGGGAUGUGAACGUGCCUAAAAAGAAUAUCAAUGUAUUGAAGACAAAAAGUAUCCAGGGUAGGUUUCGGAAUUUAUUCAAAUACAUAUUUUAAAUGUAAAGGUUUGGGUUGUCGUAGUAUUCCUUUCGUGAUUAUGGUUCAUUUUCUAUAACUGUAAGCAUGAAUGAAAAGCUUAUGAAAAUUGUAUUAUUUCAGGUAAAAAAGCUGUUCCAACGCACUGUGCAUACAGCAAAGAUGCUAAAUAUAUCGUCGCUGGUGUCCAGGUAGCAUGAGUUAGAAAUACUUUCUUACUUUUGUCUUUUAUUUCACAUAUAUCUCAUUCAGUGUGGUCAGACCAUUUCUAAGCAGGAUUUAUCUCCAGAUUAAGGCAUGAUCCGACCUCCUUUCAUCGCAGAAACUGAAUAGUUUCCUUUUUUCUUAGGAUGGAACCAUUCAUGUGUGGGACACCAAGAAACCGUUUGUAAGUAAAAUGUAUUCAAUUAUACAAAUGCCAUGCAUGGUCAAAGAUCAAAACAAACUUGCAUCAAGCUUUAGCAUAUUUCUGAAAUCUGCAUUCUUUUCUCCCAGGUUCAUCCAACAUUUUUGAUCAAGAAUGCUCACGCUAACGGAAGUGACAUUUCAUGUUUGAGAUUCACCUAUGAUAGCAAUAUAUUUGCCUCAAGAGGAGGUUAGUCAUUGUUCUCUACUUCCAGAAUUUAUCAGCCAUGUAUAAUGGCUAACAUUUGCAUAUAACUUUCUCAAGCGUUCCAUUAUACCUCAGUGGUAAGAGCGCUGGAAUGUUAAGCCAGGGACCUUGGUUUCGAUUCCACAUUCGGAACUCAUUUUUCACGACAAGACAUUUGACUCCAUUUGAACACACUAAGUUACUUUUCCAACACUGUUGAGGGCGACAACAAUAAAAGAGAGGAUAAAAUACUUGUAUUUUCGUCAGGAGAUGACUCCAUGAAACUGUGGGAUCUGCGAAACAUCAAGAAACCAGUGAAUGUUGCUCUUAACCUUCCAAAUGCUUUCUUAACGUAAGUUUAAAUGAUGGAGUUUGGUCGUUUGUAAACGUCUUGGUUAUACUCUAAAUUCCACCUCUGUCUGUAGUUUAAAGGAGGUUUACGUCGUCUCUCUAGGUUCUCAGAAACAAACUAACUUUGGUUCAAAACAAUUUGGGCUGAAUUCCUUCAUAAAACGAUAUUUUUGCUUUAGGACAAGUUGUUUCUUCAGUCCAGAUGAAAAACUUAUUGGAACAGGCACAUCAGUACGCAAAGGACAGGUAAUGGAUUCAUCAUUUCUAUAUUCUUAUGACAGUGAUUCUCUUCGCUUCAUAAUUUUACCGUCUUAAUUACCAUUUUUCAGGGAAAUGGGAAGUUGGUAUUCUACGAAAAAUCCACCUUUAAAAAAGUCCACGAGUAUUCUGUUACAGAUUCUGUAAGAGUUUUUUUCAAUUUUUUAUCUUCCCCUGAAGUAGCAAGAAUACAGAGUCCUGUAGAGGCAUUGCUUAAGCUACUGUGUAUUUAGUGUUUUCAUUAUUAUUUGUUAUUUUUUUCUUCAGAGUGCCGUCAGUUGCAUGUGGCAUCCAAAGAUUAACCAAAUUUUGGUUGGUUGUGGUAAUGGAAAAGUUAAAGUUUUCUUUGAUCCACAGCGAAGUACAAGGUAAGAGAUUUUGUCUUAUUCUGGUGAUGAAUUUCUUUAUUAUGAAGAAGAAAUUGGAGAAUGCCUUGCAUGGGACUCACAGUCCUGUGCGCACUCCUGCCGCUUGGGCGUUGCCCAAUAAGGUUAAGAAAUUAUUUUUGACAUCAUGAUACUUUUUGCAGGGGAGCAAUCAUGUGCGUUUCAAAGGCGACGAAGAAAAGCCAGAUUCGUGAAAUGCAACUUCCUCCAAGGAUUAUUACACGUAAGACUUUUUUAAAAGUGGUGUUGUGCUUAGGAUUAAAAAUUGAAUUGUGAUUAUCAUUGCAAGGAUGAUUACAUAUUGUUAAAGGGUCGAAAUGUCAAGUCCGUAUUGAGUACAACGAAUCUACUCGUUAACUAAAAGAUUCAUUUCUCUCUACCAGCCCAUGCUCUGCCAAUGUUCCGACAAAAUCAAGGUGGUGCCACAAUGAAGAAAGUGAAAGAUAAAGAACGUGCCGAUCCCAUCAAGUCACGAAAACCAGAAACCCCUCUCACUGGCGCAGGUAAUGUAAAAUCAAAUGAUUCUUUUAUUGCUUGCAACCAUUUUUCAAUUAUCAUUUAAGCAAUAUCAACGAAUGUUGAUAUGCAAUUUUUCUUGUUGAUAUUGCUAUUUUUCUUGUUAGGAAAGGGAGGCCGAGUUGCUUCUGGUAUCAGUUUAUCCCAAUUCGUUUCUAAGAAUUUGGCUGUAAAGAAUCUUGACGACUCCAAUCCUCGGGAAUCUAUUCUCCGUCAUGCGAAAGUAUUAUUAAUUAUCUUAUAUAUUAUAUGUGGGAAUAAAAUGCUGGUAUUAUUCGAAGAAAAUCAUCUUUAGAAAUGACUAAAACAACUGCUUUACGAGAAAAAAAUUAUAUACGUCUCAAAUGGUUACACCAUGACCUUCUCGAAGUGCAUCCCAACGACCUUGUAGAGGUAUUGCUUACAGCAUUACUAAUACAUUAUCAAUGUUAAGCUUAACCUUAUACGUUUUGUAGGAGGCUGCUGAGAAUCCAUUUUGGGUGAGCCCCGCCUAUUCCAAGUAAGUAUCCCGUUUGAAUCUCGCUAUACGUUUCUGUUUUGCCCUUCGUGUGACAUUAUCACUCUUUCUGCUUAUUCUCACUGGAUGGUGAUCUCAGUGCUUUCGCCACCACACACACUCUUGGACAGGGUGUCCACGGGCCUUGAAAAUGCUGGAAAGUCCUUGAAUUGGAAAAAAAAUUCCAGGCCUGGAAAGUCCUUGAAAAUCAGUAGAAGUCCUUGAAAGUCGUGGAAUUAAUUACUUUAACCUUCAGCUGUGCCAACAUUAGUGAUUUUGAUUAAAAUUACUGAAUAAAACAAUUAUUUACGGCAAAUCCGUGCCCGCAUUUUCAAAGAUUUUUCCCAGUUCUAGGUCCUUGAAUUUACUGAAAAAGGGCCUUGAAAGUCCUGGAAUUUCACCUUCACCAAAUUAGGGUGGACACCCUGCUUAGAACGGCAUAACUUGUGUACUCCAGUAGCUACAAUAAUUAGUCAAUCCUAUUAUGCACACCUAAUAAUCUUGUCUAGAACUCAACCGCGGACAAUCCUUGCUGAAGAUGAUGAUGAAGAAGAAGAUGAUGAUGAAAGCAAGGCAAAGAAACCGAAGCUUUCGUGA